AUGGAUGUAGCUCUCGAGCUUCUCGAUCCUCUCAUUCUGGAUAAGGCCUAUGCCUGGGCGUUGCCUUAUCCGGGCGUCAGCAACUCCUCAGAUCCCAUUCUCUCGGCUGGCGACGAGGCGCCUACGUCUCUAUGGUCGCGCGACAACAUUUAUCGUCAAAUUAUAUCGAUUCUCGUCCUCACUCAAAUCGGCGCGACUUCCCUCUACCUCAUUUUCAGCGCUCUAUCCUACUACUUCGUAUUUGACCGACGGCUCGAGUACCAUCCUCGCUUUUUGAAGAAUCAAGUCCGCCAAGAAAUCAAAUCAUCGCUGUCCGCCGUUCCGUUUAUCAACAUUCUCACCCUGCCUUUUUUCCUGGCUGAGGUCCGUGGCAAAAGCUUGCUUUACCGCAACGUGAGCGACUAUGGCUGGUCCUGGAUGUUGAUCUCGUCAAUCCUGUACAUGGCUUUCAAUGAUAUUGGCAUCUACUGGAUUCAUCGCCUGGAACAUCACCCCAGCGUGUACAAAUAUAUUCACAAGCCGCAUCACAAAUGGAUCGUUCCCACGCCAUGGGCUGCAUUGGCUUUCCACCCGCUUGAUGGAUAUGUGCAGUCUCUGCCAUACCACGUCUUCGUCUUUAUUUGUCCAAUGCAGAGACAUCUUUACAUGGCCCUCUUCGGUGCUGUCCAGAUCUGGACCAUCCUGAUUCACGACGGUGACAUGAUCACGGGCCAUUGGACGGAGAAGUUCAUCAACAGUCCCGCGCACCACACAUUGCACCAUAUGUACUUCACCGUCAACUAUGGGCAAUACUUCACCUGGGCCGACAACUAUUUCGGCUCGCACAGGGCACCGGAGCCAGCGCUGGAUCCUCUCCAUGAUGCGCUCAAGGUGAUGCGGGUGAAAGGGCUCGUGGACGAGCAGGGAAACCUAAUCAAAAAGCCAAAGGGGGAGUAA